UCUAGCAUGUUUAAACAUUAUCACUAUCAUCUUAUUUACGUCUUUUAUUUGCUGUCACGAGCAUGUUCUUGUCUGCUGGGAGUUAAUUUCACUUCAUUUUUUGGAAAGGGUUCAUUUAGGGCUCAGCUCCACACAUUUCUGAGUUGUCACGGUAACUUGCCUAAGCGGAAGACAGAAUAAACAUACAGUGUGAUAUAAGAGCCUGGGUGUGGCCAGGCUAAACUGAGGCUGAAUGUAAGUGCUUAGACGGGGGAGAGCCAUGCAAACUGAGGCAGGGGAAAUGGCAGCCAGUCAACCAGUCAGCGUGCUAAUCACUGGAGCGAACAGAGGCCUGGGCCUGGAGAUGGUUAAGCAAAUGGUGGAGGGCCCCAAUCCAGCGAAAAAACUGUUUGCCUGUUGCAGGGACCCAGACGGAUCCAGGGCUGCGGCACUGCAAACACUGGCAAAGAAGCAUCCUAACAUCAUCUGCGUCGUCCGUCUGGACGCCACUGACCUUUGUAGCAUAAAACAGGCUGCCCAGCAGGUGGGGUCUCUGCUGGGGACGGGGGGCCUCAACCUGCUGAUUAACAACGCAGGGUUCCUGGCCAAAGCCACCCUGCAGGACACCACUCCCGAGGACAUGCAGGGCUCCUUCAACACCAACGUCAUGGGCCCUAUGAAUAUCAUUAAAGAGUUCCUGCCCCACCUCCGCACGGCAGCGAAGGCCAGCGAAGUGCCAGGGAUGUCCAGCAGCAAAGCAGCCGUCAUCAGCAUCUCCUCAUUUCUGGGUUCAUUUGAAUCAGUGAAACACUCGUAUUCCUUCAUCCCUGCCGUCUCCUAUCGCAUCAGCAAGGCAGGUUUGAACAUGCUGACGCUUUGUGCUGCGGAGGAGCUGAAGAAGGACGGGAUCCUGUUUUCAGUGCUGCACCCUGGCUGGGUGCGCACUGACAUGGGUGGAGAGGAGGGGGAGAUUGAUGCUCCAGAGAGUGUGCAGGGUAUGCUCAGCGUGAUGGCCUCUCUGACUGAGAAGCAGAAUGGAGCCUUCCUUGAUUAUAAGGGCAACACCAUCGCCUGGUAACUUCAUGAACAGCUGCUUUGUCCUUUGUUAACUUCAGUCAGUCACUAAAUGAAUCUCAGUGAAAUAAACCGAUUAUUGUUCUGAUCA